AAGAGUCAAAAUUUGUUUGAAAAAAUUUUCAGAGAUAUCAAAAAUUAAUCACGUAUACAAGAUUAAUGUUUACAUACCUCAAGUUGAUCUGACACGAAGAAGAAGUGUAGAAACGCAAUCCGCAGCAGCAAUAUUCAGGAUAGCGUUAAAUUUUUUUUUGGCAGCGUUGUUCACUAAAUCGUCACAGUGUGUGGAUUAGGGCGAAUCCUCGGCUACAUCGGCGGACGACCGUCGGUGGGGGCCACCAAUAUGUCGCAGUCAGGGUCAGGUGGACUGAACAACGUUCAAGAACAAAAUCAAGCUGGACAAACGAGCGACAAUCAACAGACUUGCCAGAACGGUCGCGCUGAACUGCUCGCCGAUUCUACGAAACAGGAUCUUUCAAACGGUUUCGAGAAUCGAACGAUGGAUUACGAGAGAUUUACUCAAGAAAAAACACAGAAUACCUCAGGACCAGUUCAGGAUCAGCAACCGCAACAGACUUCACAACAGCAACAACUUGCUCAUCCAAUAGCACAAUAUCCGUCGGGAAGAAGGCAAUCCGUAGGAUUACCGGAUGAUAAACACCCUUUAACUGGUCAAUUGCCACCUCCGCAAUACCAGGAGAAAAGUAAUACAGACAGACCUCAACAUGUGUCUCAAACCAGUACUCAAACGGUACCAGUGCAAGCGUAUCCGCAGUUCGCUUCCGAUUACGAACAAAAUCAAUAUUCGCAGAUACGGGGACAAUUUGAAGUCAGAUCGCAGAUCUAUCCUCAAACGCAAUAUUCCGAUAGAGCUGGUUAUGUAACGAGAGACGUCACUUAUCGCGAUCCGAGUCUCUACAGUCAGAGCGGUGCGACCAAUCCCAUGUUCACCGGGCAAGGCCAAUACGUAACAGUUCAACAUGGUUCACAGAUUCCUUCACAGUCCGCCAGUCCGCAACCGCCAUAUUACUCGGGUGUAGUCGUACCACAACCGCCGAGUUAUACUCAAUUCGGCACGCAGCCGCAAUAUUCUUAUAGUCAAUAUCCGCAGACGGUGAUGAACGCCGUGCCGUACAAUCCGCACACCGGCUCCAUUUAUCCUGCUCAACAAUAUCCCAGUCAGCAGUCGCCGAAUCCGCAGAGAUUCUCGCAAGAAAUCGGCCAGUAUCAGACACAACCGAUUAUUCAGCCGAUUGCUCAAAAUGUGACGCACGGGAUCGCUAUCCAGACGACGGAACGACCUUGCCGAGGACCGAAACCAAUGGUGCCGCCUCGUGGCAAUUCCAAGAUCACCACCCACGAUCCUGGACAUCGAAAAUCCGCGAGCGUUGACGUGCCGGCGUUGCAAAAGGCGAAGUAUGAGUUGACGCAGACUGCUCAACAGGAUUCGAUUCAUCGUAGCGAUGGCGCCAUAAUUAUGACGAACGCGCCGAUCGGCUCGGAUACGUCGGAGAGAAGAUAUCUAACUGCAAUUAAUCAAAAUCCUAGGACAAGACAAGACGGUCUGUAUGUAGAUGCAAACGGUGAUCAGUCGGGCAGAGAGAAGCUUGUCGAUGGUACAAUAGCUACGGAAUGUGGUUUAUACGUGUCAAGAUCGGAGCAUAGGAAAUCUAUAUCGGUCGAUGUGACUACCAGCUUUCCAAGACGUAAUGACACGAUAACCUUUACAUUUCCCGGCGACAGUAAUCAAGAGAUUAUGUCGGGAAGAAAAACUACUGCAGUAGACGCGAAGAGAGUCGAGACUAAUCAAAUGUUUCCAGCUGAUCAAAGAAGACUGGAUGCGGGUCUGCGUGUAUCGCCGAUGGCGUUUGAUACGAGACAAGAAAAUAGAAAGAGUAUAGGGGCCGAUAGAAAGGUCGAAUGGGGUAACGUGAGUCCGAAUCAGAGAAACGCCAUUCCUUCAGAAAAUAGACGCUCGGAUUAUUUCGAAGAACACCGAAGAUCGCCCAUGAAUCUGGAAGGUAAAAGAAUAGAGGAUGUAAGAAGGUCGCCUAUGCCGUUUGUACCAAUUCGUGAAACGUCUGUCGAUCGCGCCGGACAGAAAAGUCCUUCGUUCGUUAGCCAAAACUUCGAGAAGACUAGACAGGAGCUGGCGAUCUGGGCAGAACAACGUCAGCGACAAGAACACGAAAGAAUGAUGCAAGGUCCGAUAUUUACGACAAGUCCUCGUUCUCGUAAUCCUUCGGAGGAAAGAAGAGAUAUCAGGUCGAUUCAUCCGUUAGAUGAUCGAAAAGACUCGAGAAUGUCUCAAUCGGCCUUUCAACCUAUUCCUAAUAUUAGUCAGAGUACUAUAAUGGAGCAACGCCGACACCUGAGACACGUUAGCGCCGAUCUGACGAAACACAUGGAACUUUCGAGGAAAGAUUUUGAAGAGCAACCUAUUACAGGAUCCGUAGUAAAUCUGGGAUCGGUAGCCAGUACUGCUUCAUCGCAGAGAGCUAGUCCGAAUAUUUGUCAUCAAUAUCCAGCUCUCAGCGAGGCAAAAUUAGACACGAAAACCGUGUUGACUGUCGUAACUGAUUUUGGCGAGUCGAUUACAAACAAACCGACUGAUCAAGUUGAUCACAUAAUUCAUAGUCAUCGUAAAAGUCAUAAUACUGCCUCUAAUUUACUCACUCACAGUAAAAGCCAGACGGAAAAUUUGCAGAAUACAUUGGAGAAUCAGAACGAGAAAACAGAUUCUCUUCAGGUUCAGCAACAAUUGCAGAAUCAGCAGAGUCUCGAUUUAAUCUCUGAAAAAUUAAGCCAAUUCGAACGUCAACAGAGCGACCUCCAAGCCAAGUUGCAGUGUCUUCAGAAUCAGAAUCAAAUUCUGGACAAGGUGGCGCAGUUUCAGCAUCAGCAGAGCGAUCUUCAAAUUCGGCUGCAAAGUUUGCAAAAUCAAGGUCAAUUAAACGAUAAGACUCACAAAAUGUCCGGCGAUUUUUCGCAACUUCCGAGCUUGACAAGUGAUACACAUCAGGUUCAAGCGAGUCCUCUUCCAAAUCAUCAAGAACAAUUAUCGGACAAAUCUUGCUCGACUCAUCAACCAGCGCACGGCCUUCAUCAGACACUUCUGACUACUGUGUAUCCGCAAAGUGCCACCCUCCAAGCCUGCCAAUCGUCUGUGUGUGAGAAACUGACGUCCCGCGUACAACACGACGUUUCCGAUCCGAAUUCCAUUCAGAUACCGAACAUGUCGCAAAUGCCAUUACCGUGCCUCCCGCAAUUCGAUCGCGCCGACGCGUCGCGUACUUCGUUCUCCCAGUUUCACCGACUUCAAUGCCAGAUCGAGAAUCAUGAGGGUGCUUUAGCGACGAGUGCCGGUAUACCUGCCAGCUCUUUCGCCGGCACGCUGAAGAAAAUACCGCCGGAAAAACCACCACGGACAUCCUUGAUAAUGCAGUCGCCAGAAGCCGAGAGUAAUCGCAGCCAACCAGCCAUUGGAUUAAAGCAGACGCCGAAAGCACGGCCAACUAUUUUCGGGACAGUAGCCUCGGAUCUGAACCCCAAGGAUGGAAAUAGCCGCAAGAGUUUACCGCAAACACCAGCCGGCGGUGCUGGUGGAAAAGCAGGCGCGAGUGGAACCGGUUCAAGUGCUGGGAUGGUCAAUGGUGCUGGUACCGAUCAUGAAAACAUCCGGGAUGGUGCUGGCAUAGAUACAGAGCUCGCUUUGGUGUACCGAGACGGCAACCUCGUCUCAGGCUCUCUUGAGGCGUUGGUACAGCACAUGGUGCCUACGGAGGAAUAUUAUCCCGAUCGGGCGUACCUCUUUGCCUUUUUGCUGAGCGCCAGGCUCUUCAUCAAGCCGCACGAGCUUUUGGGCGAGGUUUGCGCUCUCUGCGAGCAUCAGCAAAAUCUGAAUGGAGAGGGCGGUAAGGAACGACUGCACCGUUUCGUGCCGCGGCUGGUGCAGCUGCUUGCGGAAUGGACGGAAACAUUCCCGUACGACUUUCGAGACGAGAGGGUGAUGGGCCAUGUCAGAUCCAUCACGCAGAAAGUCGCUGCGGUCGACGCCGCGGCUAGGCAGGAAGUUUCGGCAUUGCUGCAAAACUUACUGCUACGGCUGACGGCCUUGGAAAGGUACGAGGAGGGCCUGGCCAGACUGGCGACCGAGGCAGCGACGGAGCAGCUUACACAGGUGGACAUUACAGAACUUUGUCCAUCAGCUACUGUGCUGGCACAACAAUUGACCCAUGUGGAACUCGAGAGACUCUCUUACAUCGGACCCGAAGAAUUUGUACAGGCUUUUGCCAAAGAAUCACCGCAUUUAGAAACGUCCUUCAAAGAUAUGAAGAAGACCCGGAAUCUCGAAUCGUACGUUCAAUGGUUUAACAGAUUGAGCUACUUUGUAGCAACGGAAGUUUGCAAGCAUGCAAAGAAGAAGCAACGCGUUCGUGUUGUCGAAUAUUGGAUCGAGACUGCCCGAGAAUGCUUUAACAUUGGCAACUUCAAUUCCCUGAUGGCGAUCAUCGCCGGCCUUAACAUGUCCCCUAUAUCUCGUUUGAAGAAGACGUGGUCGAAAGUACAAUCCGCCAAGUUCUCAAUUUUGGAGCAUCAGAUGGAUCCUAGCAGCAAUUUCAGCAGCUAUCGUAGCACGUUAAAGGCCGCAAUGUGGCGUAGCGCUGGUGCUACAGACGAACGUCAACGGAUCGUAGUGCCCUUCUUCAGCCUUCUCGUUAAGGAUCUGUAUUUCCUUAACGAAGGUUGCAGCAACAAAUUGCCGAACGGUCAUAUCAACUUUGAGAAAUUCUGGCAGCUGGCGAAGCAGGUAACUGAAUUCAUCGCGUGGAAGCAAGUUGCCUGUCCAUUCGAGAAGAAUCCACGCGUCAUUGCCUUCCUUCAGGCGAGUCCUGUGCUAACAGAAAAUACACUUGCGCUAGCGUCUUUCGAGUGCGAACCUCCCGACAACAAUCCGGAAAAGGAACGUUAUAAAGCUUUAAAAUCUGAGAUGAAUGCCCAGUGAAAGCGAGCUAUGCCGAAACCUGCCGAAUGGGAACGGUAUUGAUAUAGAUAUACAUGUGAAGAUACAUUUAUAAAUAUUAAUAUAUUCAUAAUCGUAGUUAGUUUAUCCGUGAAGAAGAUGAUGAGAGGAAAAGAUGAAGAGCGGAUGGAAGAUCGACAAUGGACUAAAAUAUUACCGGGGCGACCUGUGAGAUUAGGUAUUUCUUGUCUUGCGAAUUUUUGUGUAUGAUCAAAAAUUUUCAAUAACGAAUUGACAUUAUCAUAAAAUGUCAUCUAAUGGCGAUCUAUACAAUCUUGUUACAUUUUUGUGUAUUUAAUUUAUUUAUUUAUUUCAACUAUGCAUAUACAGCUUAAAUGUCUUAUUUAAUUCUCCCGGUUUUAAUUUGAACGAAUAUAAGUUUUUACAUAAAUUAUUUGUCAUUUGCAAAGCAUUUAUUUAUCGCGAAAAAAAUAUUAUUUUUACAGUACACAAUAGUUAUAAAUUUUAUUUAAAAACUCUAACAAUAUAAUCAUCUGACAUUUGCAUCUAAAGGGCAAUCAAUGUUAAAAUGGUCAAUGAAUGAGAUUGUACAGAUCGAUAAAUUCCGAUAACAUUCGUGGCAAUUAUAAAUCGAUGCAUUUCAAUAACAAAAAAUUAUUACGGUCAUCGUGGCGUGAAUAUUGAGUUAAGCACGUCUGGAGGAUGAUUGUGAAAUUCGCUCGACAAUGUCGCGUAGCCGUAAGUAUAGUUCCUAAGCCUUUGAUCCGUUGGCAGCUUUUCUCUCGAGCGCGAGAAUCGGAAUCGCGCGAUAUCUUUAUUAUACUUCCGGACAAUUUCCGGAUACGAUGCAAAGAUUUCGGGCCACCACCGCUUGAGAAAGACGCGAUCGGCGUGUUCGAUCUUUUGUACAUAGUCCUUUUGAUAUACGCUAACAGACUUUUAGGUGUGUGAGAAUUAGGGUCGUUCCUGUAGAUGAGUAAGACCGCGCGAUAAACUUGAGAGAUAGGUCGUAAGAAAAUAUCGUUAUGCACGUACUUAAGAGAAAUCUGCAACCAAAUCGCGAAAAAGAUGAAUCGAGGCGAGGAAUAAUUCGAUGAAAUAUCGGCGAAUCGACAUGGCUCGGCCGUGUUUUUUCAUGCAUUUGACAGAUUGGUUCGAGUAAAUAAAUAGUCGUCGUUUCCGUUUCUCCUGUGACGCACGCAAGUAUGAUCCGUGAACGAAAAAUUUAACAUAAAAUUUACAGAUUCGCGCGCGAUCAAAAUAAAUUCGAUUGUAAUAAUUUUCUGUGAAUAAAAUAAAGAUGGGAGAGAAAUGCUUUGAGAACACAUUUUAAAGCUUUUUACGAUUAUAAAUUAUUCUUGCAAAAUUAUAUGACAUAUUACAUAAAUUUACGGAAAUAUGUUCACAAUUCGUCAAUAUAUUUAUUACAACAUAAUUUAAAUCAACGAAUGACUAACUAUCGUGAAAAAUUCAUCGAUGAAAUAUGCUUUGCAUAUUUCAUCGAAUGCAUUUGUGUGAAUGCCAAAAAAAAUUAGAUUAUUUUAAAAAAUUGGCAAACUGCCUUUUACCGGAAUAAAUUAGGCUCGGUAUUAAAAAUUGACGUGAUUAUUAAUAAACAUUGAAAUGUAAUAUACCGUGCCUUUGAUUGAACACAGGAAAAAUAUACUAAAAAUUUAAACAUUAUAAAAAAAUAUGAAAUAUUAAACAUCAAAAUGGUAUUAACGCGUGCGUCACUGUUCUUUCCGCAAAAUUACAUAUAUUUUCCCCAAAAUCAAUGUCUUCGUAGCAAGUGAAAAUACAGAUCUGCCAUAAAAUACGUCAGAAAGAAAAAAAAGAAAAAGAGAGAAUGAGAGAGCGAAA